AUGAGCUCAGAGUUUGGAAGUCACCUUGGCUCGGAGAAAGGUUCUUGUUAUCGUAAAAGGCGUCUAUCAAAGAUACCUGCUCCUGUUAUCAUUCCUCCUCCUUCUCCAACCGUGACUAUUUCUUCACCUGUUAGUCCUGCAAGUGAUUCUUAUCUUGAAUUACAAGCUCAAAAAACUCCUCAAAGUCCGUCAAAGAGAUUCGUUUUAAGACCUAUCACAGCUCUUACCGCUGCUUUUCAGAGAACUAGUAUUACUGCUC